CAAAAAAACUAAAAGAAAGUGGAGAAGACAGUGUUACAUUUCCCUCCAAUGAUAAAUACUGCCGAAGAAGUUAGCACUUAGCAGCUUCUCCUUAUCCUCCUUCUUGCACACAACUGAACGCUACCAAAAUAUCCCUAUCAGACCCACCAAAAUCUUCACAAUUUGCCUUACAAAUUGUUCAAUCUCAUAAGCCCUAACCCUAAUUUCCAUUUUUCCAACCGGCUUCUGACUGAACCAGAUCAAUAGCAUCAUCAUGGACGUCGCUUAUCUACAACAAACCAAAUGCGUAUUCAGUUUCAAUCCAAUUUACUCUUCCACUCAUAAUCGCCCUGUCUCCGUUCCUUCUAAGGUAGCAUUCAUAAAUUCGAGAGAUUACCAGCAUAAUGCUCGUCGUUCGUUUCGGUGGCGGAGUCGGAACAUGUGUCUGGCAUCGAGCUCCGAUACACUUGUCUCCGGGAAGUCGUCUUCUCCCACGGUUGCCAGCAAGAAAGAUAAAGAGUUUGAAGAGGAGGAAGACUUGAAAUCUUGGAUGCAUAAGAAUGGUUUACCUCCGUGUAAGGUAGUUCUCAAAGACAGGCAGGCGUAUGAUUCACGACAUCCUUCCAUUCAUUACGUCGCCGCAAGCGAGGAUUUACAGGCAGGUGAUAUUGCAUUUUCUGUUCCGAGUUCGUUGAUUGUAACACUCGAGAGAGUUUUGGGGAAUGAAACCGUCGCGGAACUGUUAACCACAAACAAACUAUCAGAGUUAGCUUGCCUUGCGUUGUAUCUAAUGUACGAGAAAAAACAAGGAAAAGAAUCUUUCUGGUACCCAUAUAUCAAAGAGCUUGAUCGUCAGCGUGGUAGGGGACAGCUAGCUGUUGAAUCACCACUCUUAUGGUCUGAAUCUGAGCUCAAUUAUCUUACAGGAAGUCCAAUAAAGGCUGAAGUUGUUGAAAGAGCAGAAGGCAUCAGAAAAGAGUAUAAUGAGCUUGACACUGUCUGGUUCAUGGCUGGAUCCCUAUUUCAGCAAUAUCCAUUUGAUAUCCCUACAGAGGCCUUUUCUUUUGAGAUAUUCAAACAAGCUUUUGUAGCAGUUCAAUCUUGUGUGGUGCAUUUACAGAAAGUGAGUUUGGCAAGAAGGUUUGCAUUGGUUCCUCUUGGACCUCCUCUGUUGGGGUACAGGAGCAAUUGCAAGGCGAUGUUAACAGCGGCAGAGGAUGGAGCUGUCCAGUUGGUUGUCGAUCGCCCAUAUAUAGCCGGACAAUCUAUUGUAGUAUGGUGUGGGCCACAACCUAAUUCCAAAUUACUCAUCAAUUAUGGUUUUGUUGAUGAAGAUAACACUUAUGAUCGCUUGAUGGUGGAGGCAGCAUUGAACACAGAGGAUCCUCAAUACCAGGAAAAGAGAUUGGUUGCUCAACGAAAUGGAAAAUUGACCAUACAAACUUUCCAGGUUAAUGUGGGGAAAGAAAGAGAGACUGUUUUAGAUAUGCUUCCAUAUAUGAGGCUGGGUUAUGUUUCAGAUCCUUCAGAGAUGCAGUCGGUUAUAUCCUCUCAGGGUCCUGUAUGUCCCGUGAGCCCUUGUAUGGAACGUGCUGUUUUGAACCAGCUAGCUACAUACUUCAGAGAAAGAUUGUCUGGUUACCCCACCACUCUAAGCGAAGAUGAAGCCUUGUUGGGAGAAUGUGAUAUCGAUCCAAGGAAACGAGUAGCCACACAGCUGCUGAGGUGUGAGAAGAGAAUACUAAACAAAUGCUUGGAGGCAACUGUUGAUCUCAUAAAUGAAUUACCAGAUCUCUCUCAAUCUCCAUGCCCAGCUCCUUAUGCCCCUCUACUAAGAUGAAAAAUCUCAAAAUUGCCUCUAUCUUUCAUUUACAAUUCUCACUUGUGUUGUUGAGUAAACAUGAUAUGCCCAAUCAAAAAACCAGCAUACCUUUUUAGCCUUGU